AUGUCAAAAUGUGUGCGGAUUUGGAGCCUUUGCCCCUCACGUUUUGCACCCAACGAGCCAGUUUUAACACGUUGGGCAUACCGCAGCUACAAAAUGACGGGAUUGAAACCAGGGAGCACGUACGAACUCCGUGUGUCCUACCCCGCCACGAUUCCUGCUGCCAUCUCUUUCAAAAUUAUCCCCAACGCUGGUGGUGCUGAAGGAGCAUUGCAGCGUAGCAGCAGGCGCCUACUCAAUGUGGAGAAACUUCCCUUUCAUGUGGAAUUGGAUGCAACCAUUGAGGGCAUCCCAGCUGGCCAUGCUCUUGUGAGUGUUUCUGCCAGUCCUGCAGGAGUGCGCCCAUCUGCCAUCAAUCGGCCGCCAGAAGAAUGGCUGAUUUUCAACAUAGUCCUGGUGAACGUUGUUGGGGGCAUCCCUGUGGAUGCAUUGCCAGUGAUGGGCACUGGUGUGUUCCUCAUCGUGGCGGUGAUAUUAUUCGUCCGCUGGUGGAUCAAGGGGCCUCUUGACAGGAUCUUGCUUUGGUUGAUGGGGGAUGAUUAUCGCAGGAACAGAUGA